AUGUUUACGUGUAAUACCUGUAGUUUGCAGUUUCCCACCGCUGAAGACCAGCGGGUUCACAUGAAGUCAGAAUGGCACCGUUACAAUCUCAAAAGAAGAGUAGCCCAGUUACCUUCGAUAGAUGAAGAUACUUUUAACUCCAAAGUAGCCUCAUUAACUUUGACAGAAGAGGAAGAGCCCAAAAAGAAAGAAAAGCAAGUGACUAAGAAGGAGCAAAGAAGAAGAGAUAAGGAAGCUAUACAAGCUAAAAAGAGAGAGAUCUUAGAAACAGCCAAGAGAGCUAUGUUAGCUAAGAUGAAAGAGAAUGGAGAAAUGCCUUCUGAACAAACCGAGAAUGUCGAACAAGCUGAAGACAGCAAACAAGUUGAAGAAGUUUCUCCAGAAAAUGUUGAAGAUAAAGAUGAAAUAGUUGAAAAGACAGAGCAUGAAAAUGAAACUCCUCUCACUAUCGAAGAAGAAGAAAAGAAGUUGUAUGAAGAAAAGAUGGCCAAUAAGAUUGAGAUCACACCCACAACGUGUUUGUUCUCACAUCCCAAGUAUAAUAAGGUAUUUGACACUGUAGAUGAGAAUAUUGAACACAUGUGGAAGAACUUUGGUCUCUACAUACCUGAACAGAACUACUUGGUAGACAAGGAAGGUUUGAUAGGGUACUUGGGAGAAAAGAUCAGUUUCGGUUUCUGCAUAGCCUGUAGCUACCAGGGCCGUAAUGCCGAAGCUGCAAGAGAGCACAUGAAGCAAAAGAGACACAUGAGAAUACCAUACGAGACUGAGGAUGAAAAAUUGGAGAUUUCACAGUUUUACGAUUUCUCUUCCACCUAUGACGAUGUAGUUCCUGUUACAAAUGGAGAUGACGAAGGAGAAUGGGAAGAUGUUUCUGAAGAAGAAGGCGAAGGAAGUGAAGAUGACGAUGAGGAUGGAGACGAUUUACCUCUUCCAGAACACGAUGCCCUCUACCAGCAUGGUCAUGAGCUUGUCUUGCCUUCUGGUGCAGUUAUUGGCCAUCGUUCCAUGGCCAGAUACUACAGACAGAACUUGGCUCCGGAAAGAGUAUUAUCUGAAGGCCAGGGUACAGUUAUUGCUGCUGAGACUAGACACAUGAUGACUGUGAGAGACAGACAGGUAUUGGCUACCCAGAAGAGAGCAUGGGGCAGACAGAAGAAGAGAGAAGAUAUUAACGACAGAAGGGCUGCUAAGUUUGUUAACAACCAACCUUACUACAGAGACCAGUUAUUGCAAUAG